AAGAAGGACGUGAAAAUGCAUUCAUUUUUGUAUAAACUCAGUAUCAGACUAACUGUUAAUUAAAACUCCACCGGUCUGUCCUCGUGUUUUGGUGUCUGUUCGUAAUGAGCUGACUCUGCUCGUCCAGUCUUCCUCCUGAUGUUCCUCCAGUAGGAGUGAAGCUUUAUCUCAUCCUGAGGAAGGAGUUUGGAGGAUAGGACAACAUUAAAGAUGCCUGGGAGAGCAUUGCAGACCUUUAGCAGGAUGAUGUGGGGGAGGAAUCUGUUGACUGCUGGGCUGCAGCGCUGUAGACUGAGCUGUCAUCUGAACAGACACUACAGCUUCCUUCCAGAUGAAAUCAAAUCCCUGCGGGCUGUGGUCAACCCUGAUAUUUCCAAGAUCCGAAACAUCGGCAUUAUGGCUCACAUUGAUGCAGGAAAGACGACGACCACAGAGAGGAUGCUUUAUUACUCUGGUUAUACAAGGGCAUUAGGAGAUGUAGAUGACGGAGAUACGGUCACAGAUUUUAUGGCUCAAGAGAGGGAGCGCGGCAUCACCAUCCAGUCAGCAGCAGUCACGUUUGAUUGGAAAAGCCAUAGAAUAAACCUCAUAGACACCCCAGGACAUGUUGACUUCACCCUGGAGGUGGAGCGGGCGCUUCGUGUUCUCGACGGAGCGGUUGCAGUGUUUGAUGCAUCUGCUGGUGUCGAGGCUCAGACUCUGACCGUGUGGAGACAAGCAGAGAAGCACCACGUCCCCUGUGUCUGCUUCCUGAAUAAGAUGGAUAAGCCUGCAGCGAACUUAAGUUUCUCCAUUGAAAGCAUAAGAGAGAAAUUGAAAGCCAAUCCAGUCCUCCUGCAGAUUCCUGUUGGCAGCGGCAAGAACUUCACAGGCGUGGUCGACCUGUUAACCAGCCAGAAGCUGAUAUGGAAGCCGAAGUCUGUGACAGAAGACGGACGAGUGUUUGAAGCCAAAGCUCUUGACCAGUCUGAUGAUCCAGACCUGCUGCAGGAGGUCAGCGAGGCCAGGACAGCUUUAAUUGAGCAGGUUGCUGAUCUGGACGAUGAGUUUGCUGAACUAUUACUCACCAGUUUUAGUGACAACUUUGAUGGUGUUCCCUCCAUCAAGCUACAGGAGGCUGUGCGGCGGGUGACUCUGGCCCGUAGAGGAGUCCCAGUGCUGUGCGGGAGUUCUUUGAGAAACAAAGGUGUUCAGCCUCUUUUAGACGCCAUCACAGCCUACCUGCCUGCUCCCAAUGAACGACACCAUGACCUGGUGCGGUGGUAUAAAGAUGAUUUAUGCGCGCUGGCUUUUAAGGUUCUUCAUGACAAGCAGCGAGGGCCUCUGGUGUUCCUCAGGAUCUACUCUGGCACCCUGAAACCGCAGACAGCCGUCCACAACAUCAACAGGAACAGCACUGAGAGGAUGAGCAGGCUGCUAGUGCCGUUUGCUGAUCAGAAUGUGGAAAUCCCCUCGAUAUCAGCGGGCAACAUCGCACUGACUGUCGGACUGAAGCAGACAGUCACAGGGGAUACCAUCGUUUCAUCCAAGGCAUCAGCAGCAGCUGCAGCUCGCCGAGCCCAGAAUGACAGCGGGGCGGGGAAGAAACGAGGAGAACAUGCCAACAUUAUCCUCUCAGGAGUGGAGGUCCCUGAUCCUGUCUUCUUCUGCACCAUAGAACCACCCACCAUGGCCAAACAGGCCGAUCUUGAGAAUGCCCUCAACUGCCUCCAGAGAGAAGACCCCAGUCUGAAAGUCCGAGUCGACCCCGAUUCUGGUCAGACCAUCUUGUGCGGGAUGGGAGAACUGCACAUCGAGAUCAUCCAUGAUCGAAUCAGACGAGAGUAUGGCAUCGAGACUCACCUUGGACCGCUGCAAGUGGCUUACAGAGAGACGAUCCUCCACGAGGUCUCGACUACAGAUACACUGGAUCGGACAGUCGGGGAGAGAAGGCAUGUUGUGACGGUGGAGCUGGCUGUCAGACCCGUGGAUGUCACCUCUGUAGGUGGUCAUUGUGAAUUAGCUUUCACAGAACAACUGGAGGCACAGCUUCAACCAGGAAUCAAAGAGGCCGUGGAGAACGGAGUGCACAGCUCAUAUCUGCACGGUCCAGUGCUAGGUUGCCCCGUACAGAAUGUAUCCACACUGAUCCAGAGCGUGACAGUGGAGCCAGGGACGUCAGUUGCCAUGGUGUCAGCCUGCGUGUCUCGCUGCAUGCUUAAGGCCCUGAGGCUGGCGGGAGGGCAGGUCCUGGAGCCAGUCAUGUCCCUGGAGGUGACCGUCGGAGAGGAACACCUCAGCUCUGUGCUGGGAGACUUAGCCCAAAGACGAGGGACAGUCAGAGACAUCCAGAGUCGUCAUGACAACAAGGUGCUGCUAGCAACUGUGCCCCUGGCUGAGAUGAUGGGAUACUCCACUGUCCUGCGAACUGUAACAUCUGGCAACGCCACCUUCUCCCUGGAGCUGGACGCCUACGAAGCCAUGAACUCUCAGGAACAGAACACUCUGCUUAAAAGAAUGGGUGGUCUGCUCUGAUCAGUUUUUUCACCAACUGUUCAGCACCAGAGGCCUUCCUAAACAGAGACAUGACUUCUCCAGGACUUCCAGUAACUAGACUUUACUACUGAUGAGCAGCCUGGGUAAAUUUAUAGUGUAAAUAUCCAUUUCUAGCUAUAGAUGACCAUGUUGUUAGUUGGAUGCCAAAUAAAGGUGCAACCAAUUA